UCAUUUUGAAGUAAUUUGAUCUUUUUAUAUAAAAACAUAUUGUAGAAACAAAAUUUAUAAUAAUAUCAAACAGUAUUUGUACAUAUUUUAAAGAAUUUUUCAUUAACGACUUGUAAACAGAAAUUCAACUUAACCUAAAACAAAAAAAAAAUUCAAAUUAAAAAAAUCAAUUUUUCGUGACAUUGAAAUAAUAAAAUAAAAAAUCUUCCCUAACUAAUGAGAAAAGUUAAGCUUGUAUAUUCAGAUAACAAGAAAUAACAUCAAUAUUUUAAUAAUGAGACUGCCGAAUACUGCAGUAAAAGGAUCCACAGGAAGAUAUUACACAUCUUUAUUGAUAAUUAUUCUAUUUGUUGUGUGUUUUUUAAUGUUGAUUUGUAACUGGUGGAAUUUAUCAACACAAAAUGUUGAACUACUUGGACAAAUUAAUAGACUUCAAGAACAAUUAAAUAUUGGUAUUGAUGAACGAGAUAAAUGUAAUCAAUUGCGUUCAAGCUUCGAAGAACGAAUCAAGAAAUUAGAAGAUGAGCUUGCAUUCAUGCAUGUUCAGCUCAAUAAAGAUUCCAUCCAAUCAAUACAGAAUGUGACUAAUCAAGAUGUGUGAGAUUCACGAUAUAAUUAAUCUACGUACCUGUGGUGAGACCAGCUAUGUUAUGAAUUUUUGAAAUUUUAUAUUUUCUACAUUUGAAUAAAAUUAAAAAAUAACUUUUAGUAUUAAUUAAAUAUUUAAUAAAGAUUUUAUAAUACGA